AACAUAUAAAUUUCUCAAUAGCCAUUUCAAGCAGUCUGUCGUCCAGUCUUUAGCAGUUCAUCACAAUUAUGUAUUUAUUAAUUAAAAGUAUUCUUAUUUUUUGUGUCUUUUUUACAAUUUCUGAUGCAGUUAUCCACGAUCUGCCUUCCUACUUUCCAAGAUGUAAGCGUUACGACCCCAAACUGAGCGAAUGUUUGCUAAAAGCGACCGAAACGGUCAAACCCUACCUUAUCAAAGGUGUCCCCGAGCUCGGAGUCCCUGCAAUUGAGCCCUAUGUCAUUCCUGAAAUAACACUAGAGCAAGGCACUCAAGCCUUGAACUUCAAAGCUUUACUGAAAAACGUCGUUGUUAAAGGAUUAGGAAGUUACAAGUUUUCGCAAUUUGAUUUUGAUGUUCCAAAUUUACAAUGGUUUUGUAAGGCUACAAUCGACAAUAUGGAUUUGACUGGCGACUACACUGUUACUGGAAAAAUUCUCUUAGCUCCCAUUGAAGGAAAAGGGAAAUUUGUUGCCGGCAUUGCUAAUUCGAAUAUCACCGCUUUUCAGAAAGUCGAAUUUGUAAAAAAAAGAGGAAAGGAUUAUGUCCGACCUGUUAACACCACUACAACUAUCGAAGUAGGUGGUCCAAAGGUCCAUUUGGAUGGACUUUUUGACGGAAAUGAGGAACUAAAUAGGGUGACUAAUACUGUAAUUAACGAUAACGUUAAUGAGUUAUUUGAAGAUCUAAAACCAGUGAUUCAGCAAAUUAUUACGAAUAUUGUAGAACAGUGGCUCUUUAGAGCUUUGGAAGACAAUGUACCUUUUGACAAACUGUAUCCUCGUGUUUUGACUCAAGCGGUGUACUAUCCUAGAUGCUAUAGAGACGACCCGGAUUUGAAUCAAUGCCUUUUAAAUGCAACUGAACAAGUGCGACCGUUUUUACAAAAAGGUGUUCCAGAGUUAAAUGUUCCUCCAAUUUCUCCGUUUUAUGUUCCCGAAGUGAAUCUCCAACUUGGAACAGAAUUUAUUAGUUACAAAUCGUCCCUCACCAAUGUUAUAGUCACAGGAUUGGACACUUAUAAAUUCACAAAAUUUGAUUUUGAUGUCAAAAAGCUCCUUUUCACUGGGGCGGUCACAAUGGGAAAAAUUAACAUUAAAGGCAAUUAUUCUAUCAAAGGAAAAAUUUUAACAGUGCCCAUUGAAGGUAAAGGACAAUUGGACACAACUGUAGUUAGUUCAAAUGGAAGUCUUGUACAACAAGCAAAAUUGGUGACGAAAAAAGGCAAGAUUUACCUCGAAUCUGAGAAGACCAAAAUCUACAUUGAUGUUGGUGAAGUCAAGUCCAAAAUGGAUGGUUUGUUUGAUGGAAAUGAAGUUUUAGCCAAAGCUGCUGAUAAUGUAAUUAAGGAAAAUUUGCAAGAUAUUAUAGAGGAAGUAAAACCUGCCAUCGAGGAAGUAUUUACCCAAAUUAUGGAAGGGAUUUUGUUCAAAAGUGUCUACAGGAUACCUUACGACAAGUUAUAUCCUCUUCACAAUCAGAAAUCGUAACCUGACUAACUUCUUUUUAAAUAAUUUAUUGACUGUGCCAAAUAUUAUUUGUCCCUAUUCCUGCAAAGAAUGUUUAAGCCUCAAAAACCUGACAAAACCCGAUAUCCAAUAUCUACGAUAGGAAUGCUAGAAUUUUGCCAUUCCAUAAAUCCUCUUUGUAACAUAAAUAAGCAAUAUUUGUUUUUAUUUAUUAUAUCAGAGAUUGUUAUGAUAUUUAUUUGUAUGCCAUUUUAUAAAUAAAAUAUAAAAUCGA